AUGGAGUGGUUGUAUCCUAGGCGAAGGGGUCCUCAGUGGAAACAAGGGUGGUCAGGCCAGACACUACCCUCCAUGUCUGCACCGCCUCUCCCAUUGCUCACCAUUUUUGGGAUCGUCCUUGUCUUGCUUUGGUUCUCUCAGUAUGCUGAUUACAAGGCCCACUUACAUAGCUCCGCAAUAAACUUCCAGCUAUUCCUUAUUCUUUUGCCGGUUCUGUUAGUCUUCUUCAUGGUCUCAUUUUCGUCUAGUGGAAGGUUUGCGUUUUGGCAGCAUCGUCUUGAACGUCACACUGUUCACCCAUCCAGGGGUUCACCUUGGGGCAUCGCUAUCUUGGUUGGUCUUCUUUUUGUGUUGCUUUUUUAUCAGUCUUCGUUUCAGUCCAAAUGGUUUGGACCUCUGUAA